AUGCCGGAGACUCUCAAACCUCAGAAGAGGAUACUGGGCGAUGCAAGCGUGAGCCGUCGAAACGUACAGCUGCCAUCGUCGUCUCCUACCUCCGCCAAAAAGCGAAAGCUCGAAACCGGCCUACCACAUUCUAAUCCCCGAGCACCACUGCUACUGUCUUCGCAAAAUGGACUUAAGAAAUCUUUUGGAUCGGGUCCCUCGCGGUCACAACCUAAAAGCCAAUUUGAGGAUGUGUUGGAGAAAUUAACCCAGGAUAUGGGCGAGCUCAAGGAAAACAAUGCGGAGAAGGACCAGCAGUGGGAAAGACCACCACUGGGGGACUUCAACCCGAUGCGAGACAGCCUGUGCUUCCAGCAGAUUGAUGUGGAGGAAGGCUACGUGGCUGGCAAGACCGCUGUGAAAUUAUUUGGCGUAACGGAGAACGGGCAUUCGGUGCUUCUCCAUGUUACCGAUUUUAUGCACUAUCUCUACGUUGCCGCGCCUGUGGCAUUUACCCAAGCAGAUUGUGGCCCCUUCAAAGCCUACCUCGAGGCUCAAUUAGCUGUUACCGAGCCCGUGAUUCAUUCGGUUCAAAUGACCAUGAGGGAGAACUUGUACGAAUUCCAAGGAAACCAGCAAAGUCCAUACCUCAAAAUCACUGUGAUAAACCACAAAUCCAUCAACAGUGUCCGGUCUACAAUUAUGGACGGGUCAGCCAACUACAAAGGCAUGUGGAAAGGAGUAGAAGGCGAAAUCUUAACAUUCGACAAUAUUCAAUACCUCUUACGAUUUAUGAUAGAUACAGGGAUCUCGGGUAUGUCAUGGGUUGAAGUGCCCGCUUCAAAGUAUGAAGUUCUACCUUCAAACAAAUGCCAGUCCAACUGCCAAAUAGAAGCGUCGGUACAUUACCGUGACUUGAUUGCACAUUCGAACAAUGGUGAAUGGUCGAAGAUGGCACCUCUCCGCGUAUUAUCAUUUGAUAUCGAGUGCGCUGGCAGAAAGGGGAUCUUCCCUGAGCCACAAAUAGACCCCGUUAUCCAGAUCGCCAACAUAGUCACACGAUAUGGAGAGUCGAAACCGUUUGUUCGCAAUGUAUUCGUUAUGGAUACAUGCAGUUCAAUUGUGAACACGCAGGUAUUAGAGUUCGAUAAAGAAGAUGAGAUGCUGCUGGCAUGGCAGGGUUUUCUGGAAAAGGUCGACCCUGACGUGAUUAUUGGAUAUAACAUUUCCAACUUCGACUUUCCAUACUUGCUGGACAGGGCCAAACACCUGAACUGCACGAAAUUCCCUUACUGGACUCGAUUGAGAGGGAUUUCGUCUCACGCAGCUAAGGCAUCAUUUGCCAGCAAACAAAUGGGGAAGCGAGAAUCGAAAGCAACCAACACUAACGGAAGAAUUCAACUAGAUCUUUUGCAACUAGUUCAACGGGAUCACCAACUCCGAAGCUAUACUUUAAACUCCGUUUGCGCUGAAUUUUUGGGAGAGCAAAAGGAAGACGUUCACCAUACCAUGAUCACAGAGCUCUACAACGGGACCGCAGACUCGAGACGACGACUUGCUGUAUACUGUUUAAAGGACGCCUAUUUACCCCAGAGGCUCAUGGAUAAGUUGAUGUGCUUGGUGAAUUAUACCGAAAUGGCGAGGGUGACAGGCGUCCCCUUCAACUUCCUUCUUGCAAGAGGUCAGCAGAUUAAGUUCAUCUCGCAGCUCUUCCGGAAAGCUCUCCAACAAAAGCUUGUCAUUCCAGAUUUGAAGAACGACGACAACAGCAACCAGCAGUACGAAGGAGCAACUGUUAUUGAGCCUGUUAGAGAUUACUAUGAUGUCCCUAUUGCCACCCUGGAUUUUGCGUCUCUAUACCCAAGUAUCAUCCAAGCGCACAAUCUGUGCUAUACAACUCUCCUGAAUAAACGCACAGUUGAGAAGCUAGGAUUGAAAAAGGACGAGGAUUAUAUCGUUACACCAAAUGAUGACAUGUUCUGUACAACAAAAAUCCGAAAGGGGCUUCUUUCCCAGAUUUUAGAGGAGCUCCUCACUGCAAGAAAACAGGCAAAACGGGAACUGGCUGUUGAAAAGGACCCGUUCAAAAAAGCUGUGCUGAACGGACGACAGCUGGCUUUGAAAAUCAGCGCCAACAGUGUUUAUGGAAUUACGGGUGCCACGAACGGGAAGCUACCUUGUCUUCCUAUUGCAAGUAGCACCACUAGUUACGGCCGUCAAAUGAUUGAGAAAACCAAGGCCGAGGUUGAGGCCAAAUAUACGAUUUCCAACGGAUAUACUCACGAUGCCAAGGUUAUCUAUGGAGAUACUGAUUCUGUCAUGGUCAAAUUCGGAACUCAGGAGCUUGCCGAGGCUAUGAAACUCGGCGAAGAAGCGGCUGGUUAUGUGUCCUCCAAAUUCAUGAAGCCAAUCAAGCUUGAGUUCGAAAAGGUUUAUUUCCCAUAUCUACUUAUCAACAAGAAGCGUUACGCUGGGCUAUAUUGGACAAACCCCGUCAAACAUGACAAAAUGGAUACGAAAGGUAUAGAGACGGUCCGAAGAGACAAUUGUCUCCUAGUGCAGACUGUGAUUGAAACCGUUUUAAAUAAAAUCCUUAUUGGCCGGAAUGUUAGCGGGGCAGAAACUUAUGUCAAAAAUACAAUCUCAGAUUUGCUUCAGAACAAGGUCGACAUGUCAAAACUUGUGAUCACGAAAGCCUUGACCAAGGAGGCGUAUGCGGGCAAGCAAGCUCACGUUGAGCUGGUUGAACGCAUGAGAAAACGUGAUGCUGGAUCUGCACCCACACUCGGCGACCGUGUUGCAUAUGUUAUUGUCAGCGGUGCAACUGGAGCUAAGAACUACGAAAAAUCGGAGGAUCCAAUUUAUGUUCUCGAGAAUAAUAUCCCGAUUGAUACGAGGUAUUAUCUUGACAACCAACUCGCUAAGCCGUUAACCCGUAUCUUCGAGCCGAUACUGGGUGAAAAGAAAGCCGCUCAACUUCUCAAGGGCGAUCACACUCGUUCCAUCACCGUCGCGGCGCCAACACUAGGCGGGCUGAUGAAAUUCGCCAAGAAGACGCAAACUUGUAUGGGCUGCAAGAAGCCGUUAAUAGGCAAGGAGGAGAUGUCAGGUGCUGUGUGCGCUAACUGUCGACCCCGACUCGGAGAGCUAUACACGCGAACUUUGAACAAGGUAUCGGAACUCGAGGUUAGAUUUGGCCGUCUGUGGACACAGUGUCAGCGUUGCCAGGGCAGUUUGCAUGGUGAAGUUAUUUGUUCGAGUCGAGACUGUCCUAUUUUCUACAUGCGGAUGAAGGCCAAAAAGGAUGUGGAAGACUCGGAGAAGGAGCUCGCGAGGUUUGACCAUGACCCUAGCGCGUGGUGA